AUGGCAUCAUUAAGCGAUUGUGGCCCCCUGGCUUUCAAAGCUUGUAAUGAGGCGGAAGCACCGUUCUGUGACUAUCUAGAGAAACAAUUCAGGAAACCUGUUCCACUCUCUGGGCCUGUAAUUACUGAAACACCCACUUCCACUUUAGAUCAAAAGUUGGACAAGUGUCUAAGUGGGUUCAACAAAGGAUCAGUUGUUUACUUUCGUGGAGCUGGUUUGGCUCUGGAACGUGCUGGCUUACCAUUUCUGGCUGCACUGAAACUACGAACAGGAAAUAAUUUGGUCGAUGAUGUGCUUCCAGAAGGAUUUAUGGAUAGAGUGAAAGGAAGAGGAAUUGUAGAAGGGGGAUGGGUUCAGCAGCAACUGAUACUCAGUCACCCUUCCAUCGGGUGUUUUCUGACCCUUGCUAGAUCAUGCUCGAUAACAGAGGCAUUAGUUAAUGAUUUCCGGAUAGUAAUAGUACCACUGUCUGGUGCCCAGAUAGUAAGUGCGAGGUUGAUGGCAGGGGAUUUAAAUGUUGGAGUUGAGGUUGAGAGAAGAGAUGAAGAUGGUUGGUUUACUAAAUAA